GCCCGCUAUGCAGUCGGAAAAACAAGACACGCCAUAUUGACUAUUUUUGAAGAGAAGUGCUACAUUUCUGGGGGAAAAUGACUAAAUAGCUGGUUUUUGUCAACGGCAGACUCUAAGAUGGCGCACACUGGGGCUACAGAAGAUUCCCCCAUGAGGCAUUGUUCCUCUGAGCAAGGGUCUAGUGUCUGCCUGCGGAGUCGGUCGUGCUCCAGUGAGAGAGACGGUCAUGUGCGGGCUGUCAGAGUGGCUCUUCUGCCCAAGCUGGGACCCUACGAACCCGUUUUGACCUACCUUCAGUCUGUUCUAGUGUGGGAAAGACCCUUUCACAGUGUCCUCCUUUACAUUGUUGUCAACAUUGUAUUCUGGUUCUUUGCUCUGACGUCACUGCGGUUGCUGUUCCUGCUGGCUAUUGGCCUGGCUGUCCUUGUGUUUGCCGAUACCUGGAGGAAUAAGAUCUGGCCAAAAAUUAGAGUCAGAAAAUUGGAAGAAUCAGAAAAUGAGAGCUGGGGACUGGUGCAGCCCGGCGUCCUCAGUGUGCCUGAACUGUGCCACCACUUAGCAGAGGCCUGGGUCAGCGCAUCGGUUUUCACAUCCACUAUGGCGCAAUAUAAACGACAAAACCCUGGCAAUUUCUGCAUCCUGAUCUGUGGAGUUUUCUUCUGUUUGGCUAUGAUUGGAUACUACAUUCCUGGAUUAGUGCUCUCCUACUCUGCAUUGUUGGCAACUCUCCUGACCCCAUUGGCUGCCUAUCACCGGGUUUUUCAGUGUGUGUAUGUCAAGCUGGAGCCAUACCUGCAGCGACUGGACUUCAGUGUUCGUGGACAUAUGAUGUCAAAGCCCAUUGAUAAUCAAUUCCUGCGAAGGUCUAUACGUGGUGCAGCCUCCGAUGAAGCGAGUGACAGUGAGGAAGAGUUGGCUGCGUUUUGCCCAAAAUUUGAUGAUGAGGUUGCCGCUAAAGAACUUGCACUGACUGAUUCGGAGCACUCCGACGCUGAGGUGUCCUACACUGACAAUGGAACCUUUAAUCUGUCACGGGGUCAGACUCCACUCACAGAGGGCUCUGAAGAUCUGGACAGACACAGUGAUGCCGAAGAGUCUUUUGCUCAAGACCUCCCAGACUUCCCGUCCAUAAACCCUGACGCCACUUUGAUGGACGACGACGACGACACAAGCAUCGGGCUACCUAGCCUAGGCCUGUCUGGCUUGGCGAGUCACCGCGCCUCGGUGCUAGACGUGGACGCACAUCUGGACUCUGACCAGGAGGAUGCAGAACUUUCCCUCAGUGGCCUCCCACCCGCCUCAGAUUUCAGUGGGGAGAUAGCCGGAGUCAUUGCCAGCAACAUGAUCCAGGCGGCGCUAGCCGGGGCAUUGCAGCCUCGGCCUUCUGUCGCCCAGCGUAGACCAGGCCACCCUAGGGCUGUUCAGCACAAAAGCUACCGCAAACAGUCCAGCUCUGAAUUUGACACAGACUUGGACGCAGAAGACUUUGAAAUGCUAGAUCAGUCUGAACUGAACCAGAUGGAUCCAUUUGGAGGAGGAGAAAGUUCAAAACGAAGCGAGAGUCAGGGGUCUAAUUUCUUAUCAAGCCUGCUUGGUAAACCACAGUGAAGAGUUUGUGCUGCUGUGUGUUCGUCCUGCUAGGCAGAAUCUAAAAUGUUGACCAGCGUGUGAGAUAAAUUUAGGUUCCAGCAGUCCUGCUUCUGGUAGGAAACAAUUUCUCACUGUGAAGUAUUUCAUAUUUUUUCCCUUUUCCUAAUUUUCUUUUCUUUCCUGUUCGACUCCGAUCAGUGAUAACUUUUUAUUUGUAGGCUGAGCAAUAGGAAAUACAGCAACAAAAAUACAAUGAGACAUUUGAUACAACAGCAUUGUCAAAGUGAAAAAUUACACUCAAAACUUACAGGAGUGCCCAUUAAAAUUUUUCUACUUUUGAAUCGAUAAAAACAGGGCUUUUUAACAUAGGACCAAAUAUAACAUUCCUGUUGCUUGAGUUGAGCCAUGUUUAAUACAUACAUUUUUACAGCAUUUAAUGUUAGUUUAUUAGGUCAAUACAGUAGUUAUUCAUCUUUCAAGAGACAGCAUUUCAUUGUAGUUUUUUGACACGACAUAAUUAUAGGAACUUCAGCAUUUCUGUUGUUGUGGAGGCUUAUUUUACCCCAUAUUACUGUCUUAACUGAGCCAGUAAAGUGCUGUUAUAUUUUAUUUUAGUUAUAAAAUUUUGUUCUAAGGCAAAAGUUAUUCACUGUUUAUGUGAAUAAGUAUACAGCUGUUUUCAUUUUCCUGUCCUUUUCCUGCUCUGGUUUCCUCAACCUUUUUUUAAUUUGGAACCAUGUUUACAUCAAAAUUGUAUAAAUGCUGAUCUCCCUCUUUUUUUUUAAUGGUUUAAAGUGAUUUUGUAUAGGUCUGUCUGAUUGUUCUUUAUGUUUUCGAAAAUAUGGCACUUUAAACCAGAAAAAUUCAGAUUUACUGAAUCUUCUAUGCUGUUUUAAUAGAAAAACAAUUGUUCUUUUAUUCUGAAAAAUGUAUCCUGUUUAGAAAGGUUUUCAGUACUAUGAAACAACAACAACAACAAAAAAACAGCUAGAUUGUCCUUUAUGAGGCUGAAGUUGGAAAAACAAUGCACUGAUUGAUAGCUGAGAUGGAUUUCUUUGGCUUGUUAGAUUUGGGUGUUAAUGUUCAGUCAAGCUGCUCCAUGAAAAGUUAAGUCCUCAAUAUUCUAUAGUCUGUUAAGUUAAUGUGCAUAGUAUUGUAUUUUCUUCUCCGUAUCUGGUUUUGAUAUAUUUUGAAGUGGAAAAUACAUUGAAUAAAUUGUUUGGAAUUAA